CGGCGCGGUCCUCCCCAUCCAUCCUCCCCAUCCAUCUGUCCUCCUCCUCCCGCUUCUGAUCGCUCGGCCGCCGUGAGGUUGUAAAAACCCUUGUGGGGCGGCCCCCGGGGGAGCCGAGCAUCAUUGCAAAAGGUAUGAGGGGCUGGCUGUGAGACGCACCCGUAGCUGGAAGAAAACUGCUGGAAAAUGCGCUUAGAAGCAAAUCUGUGUGGCCUGUGUCCCCUUGUGUCCCUGCUUGUUGUAGUUUAUCUCUGAUUGGAGUCACUCCUGGUACAGACUGUGUGGGAGAAUGCAGUGAAAAUUCUGGCCAACAGUGGAAGUAGCAUUUCUUCUCCUCAGCUGUACCUCACCACAGAAGAAAAAAAUGUAUGGAAGUGCAAGAACCAUCACCAAUCUGGAAGGCAGUCCUUCCCGAUCGCCUCGUUUGCCAAGGUCUCCUCGUUUGGGGCAUCGGAGAACAAGCAGUGGGGGAGGGGGAGGGACAGGAAAGACUCUGUCUAUGGAGAAUAUCCAGUCUCUUAAUGCAGCCUAUGCUACGUCUGGACCCAUGUACUUGAGCGAUCAUGAGGGGGUGGCUUCAGCACCGUACCCCAAGGGCACCAUGACUCUGGGCAGGGCCACAAACCGAGCUGUGUAUGGAGGCCGCGUCACGGCCAUGGGGAGCAGUCCCAACAUUGCUUCGGCGGGACUCUCCCACACAGAUGUCCUUUCCUACACAGAUCAACACGGGCUGAGCAGCUCCUCCCAUCACCACCACCACCAGGUCCCCUCCAUGUUGAGACAGGUGAGAGACAGCACAAUGUUAGACCUUCAAGCCCAGCUCAAGGAACUGCAGCGAGAGAAUGACCUCCUCCGGAAAGAGCUGGACAUUAAGGACAGCAAACUGGGGUCCUCCAUGAACAGCAUCAAGACUUUCUGGAGCCCCGAGCUGAAGAAGGAGAGAGUGCUGAGGAAAGAAGAGGCGGCCCGGAUGUCCGUCCUCAAGGAGCAGAUGAGGGUGUCUCAUGAAGAGAACCAGUUACUGGAUGCCAGAAGGACCAAGCACCUGCAGUUGACCAUCCAGGCCCUUCAGGAUGAGCUGCGGACCCAGCGAGACCUCAACCACCUGCUGCAGCAAGAAAGUGGCAACCGUGGCGCCGCUGAGCACUUCACCAUUGAGCUCACCGAGGAGAACUUCCGCAGGCUCCAGGCCGAGCACGACCGGCAGGCCAAGGAGCUGUUCCUCCUGCGGAAGACGCUGGAGGAGAUGGAGCUGAGGAUCGAGACGCAGAAACAGACCCUCAACGCCCGGGACGAGUCCAUUAAAAAGCUCCUGGAGAUGCUGCAGAGUAAAGGGUUGCCAUCCAAAAGCCUGGAGGAUGAAAACGAGCAGACACGGCGGAUGGCGGAGGCCGAGUCGCAGGUCAGCCACCUGGAGGUGAUCUUAGACCAGAAGGAGAAGGAGAACAUCCACCUGAGAGAGGAGCUGCACCGAAGAAGCCAACUUCAGCCGGAGCCGGCCAAGACCAAGGCCCUGCAGACGGCCAUCGAGAUGAAGGACACAAAAAUUGCUUCACUAGAGCGAAAUAUACGGGACCUCGAGGAUGAGAUCCAGAUGUUGAAAGCCAAUGGUGUGCUGAACAGUGAGGACCGUGAGGAGGAGAUCAAACAGAUUGAGGUGUACAAAAGCCACUCCAAGUUUAUGAAGACCAAGAUUGAUCAGCUGAAGCAGGAACUUUCCAAAAAGGAGUCCGAACUUCUUGCCUUACAAACAAAGCUUGAAACCCUGAGCAACCAGAACUCAGACUGCAAGCAGCACAUUGAGGUGCUGAAAGAGUCACUUACUGCCAAAGAACAGAGGGCCGCCAUCCUGCAGACAGAGGUGGAUGCACUGAGAUUACGACUAGAAGAGAAAGAAUCUUUUCUCAAUAAAAAAACAAAACAACUGCAGGACCUUACAGAAGAGAAGGGGACCCUGGCUGGAGAGAUUCGUGACAUGAAAGACAUGUUAGAAGUGAAGGAAAGAAAAAUUAAUGUUCUUCAGAAAAAGAUUGAAAACUUGCAAGAGCAACUUAGGGAUAAAGACAAGCAAUUGACCAACCUGAAAGACAGAGUGAAGUCACUGCAAACGGAUUCCAGCAACACAGACACAGCGCUAGCCACGUUAGAAGAGGCCUUGUCAGAAAAGGAGAGAAUAAUUGAGCGUUUGAAAGAACAGCGAGAGAGAGAUGAUCGGGAAAGACUAGAAGAGAUAGAAUCCUUUCGAAAAGAGAAUAAAGACCUCAAAGAAAAGGUCAAUGCUUUACAAGCAGAACUGACAGAGAAGGAGUCUAGUUUAAUUGACCUCAAAGAGCAUGCGUCUUCAUUAGCCUCUGCUGGACUGAAAAGAGACUCCAAAUUAAAAUCUCUAGAAAUAGCCAUCGAACAAAAGAAAGAGGAAUGUAGCAAACUGGAAGCACAGUUAAAAAAGCAAGCUGAGCAGUUGUUCAAUCAGAUGUACAACCCAGCACAUAAUAUUGAAGAGGACCCCAGGAUGAGCCCGGAGUUGGCCGAGCGGCUGAAGCAGCUCGACAAGGAGGCGUCUUACUACCGCGACGAGUGCGGCAAGGCCCAGGCGGAGGUGGACAGGCUGCUGCAGAUCCUCAAGGAGGUGGAGAAUGAAAAGAAUGACAAAGACAAGAAGAUCGCAGAGCUUGAGAGCUUGACUCUAAGGCACAUGAAGGAUCAGAAUAAGAAAGUGGCCAACCUCAAGCAUAACCAACAGCUGGAGAAGAAGAAGAAUGCCCAGUUACUAGAAGAAGUCCGCAGACGAGAGGACAGCAUGGCCAACAACUCCCAGCAUGUGCAGAUAGAAGAGCUGAUGAGUGCACUGGACAAGACCAGACAGGAGCUGGACGCCACCAAAGCACGCCUUGCCUCCACCCAGCAAUCCCUGGCCGAGAAAGAAGCACAUCUGGCCAACCUGCGGUUGGAGAGGAGGAAACAGCUGGAGGAGAUCUUGGAGAUGAAGCAGGAAGCACUACUCGCGGCAAUCAGUGAAAAAGACGCAAACAUUGCCUUGCUAGAAUUGUCUGCCUCCAAGAAAAAGAAGACCCAGGAAGAAGUCAUGGCCCUGAGGCGGGAGAAAGACCGACUGGUGCAUCAAUUAAAGCAGCAGGUGGGGCGUCCUGCACGAAAGACCCAGAACAGAAUGAAGCUGAUGGCGGACAGCUACGAUGACGAUCCCCACCGCCACCACCACCACCACCACCACCACCGGUCUCCCGGGAGGUCACAGCAUUCCAACCACAGGCCCUCUCCGGACCAGCUAUCAGAAGGGCUGACUGAAGGGGAAGUGUGGCUCUCCAGCAAUAUUCUGAUAACCUAUUGCAGCAGCGCUGAUGUCACUGUCCACCAUCACCUGGAGCAGCCCGUCAACACCGAAGGGGAGUUCUCACUUUCCUUUUCCUGCCUGAUUCUGUUCGACAUGAUAUUUCUUCCCUCCAUCAUUUCUGGUUGUUUCUCACAGUUUUGGAUGUAUCGGGAAAAGAAAACUGUAGAAGAGGCAAAUGACAACUCCUCUGUGUCCUGCUGGGAUCUGAGCAUUUAAAAUAUGACCAUCUCUUCUGAAUGCCAUGGUUGGAUAGCAUUUUAUUUCUGUUGCUUAAUCUCAUUGGAUACCUUGAAACUCCAUAACAUCCGGUCUGUGGAUUCAGCUUCUGUUGGGCAGCUGGCCUCACCUCCAAGUAUCCUGCUUGUCAGUAAGCGGUCAUUCCCGAGGCACUGCAGUGUCUUCAGUGUAGAUUUGCUGUGAGUGAGUGAUGCUGAGGGUGUUUGUAUUACACAAUGCAUGGAGUGUUUGACAAAGAAACCGGUUCACCAAAAAUCACGAGCCUUUACCCUCCUCUGUUUCUUUAAUCUGCAGUUUAAAGAAUCACAUUAUGAUGACAUAACCAGUAGUUACCUCUAGGCCAGGUUGGAAAGAGAAAUCAAUUUUUGAACCACUAACACUUGCCAAGAAAUCGCCUUAUGAGAACAUGGUGUGUGUCUCUGAUAAUGCAUGGUACAUCUAAAUUGGUCAUUCAUAAUUAUCUUCCUGCUCAUGUAUCAGAGAUUAGUAAAAACCUGAGGUUCUGGCAUACCCACUCCCUGUGGCCCAUGUACCCCGCAGCUGGGACAUGCCCAAGCCUCAGGCUCCCACCAUUUUCACACAUGCAGGUCUCCGUGAAAAAGCUGGAACUCAUUUAUGUUUCAAGGCACAAAUGUGCUGUGCAAGCAGCGUGAGCUUAGCUCUCCUGUAAAUGGCCAUGCCUCUCUUUGCUCGUUCUCGUACGUGCUCCCUCUCUCUCUCUCCCUCUCUCUCUCUCUCUCUCUCAAUGUCAUAUCUCCAACAUGAAUUCCAAAGCAUUUUUGGCAUCAAACACAAAAACACUGAUGAAUGAAGAGCAAUCACAAAGCUGUGUAUCUGUAAAUAGUUCUACACAAACAUUUCUGUGGAUACAGAGUCAUUAUUUAAACUUUAAAGCACAUGCCAGGGAAAGAGACCAAAUUUCGUGGUACUAAGGAGAAGUAAACUCCUCCUGCUUCCUCUGAAGAUGAGAAAUCAAGUCAUUACACCUUCAUUAAACUCUUGACUUAUUCUGGUAAACCUGUGCAGCUCUCGUAUCGAUCAAUUUUCUUGUCCAUGGAAGAGACCCUUCCACAUUAUGCCAGUGGGAGAUUGAGACCCUGCAUUUUUAAAGGACAAACAGUGAAUUUAAGCAUGAGUGGCCUUAAUAAAUAUACUUGUCUUUCUUUGCUGCUGUGGAAAGGAUUCUAAAACAGAAGUUCCUGAAAGUCUUGCAUUGAAUUUAGUCGUUAUUACUUUUUUUCUGAAAUGUUGGUGCAAUUAACUCUGGACCUCUCUUGUGAGCCAUAGUGAUACUUAAAAGACAAACACCUUAUUUCCUGGGGAAGAGGAAACUAUCUCUGAGUUGCACCACUCAUUCCCUGGUGCAUCAGGAUUCCUAUCGUCUGGCUUUGUUCUUGUUGUCAGUGAGUACCAGACUAUGUGAAGCUUACCUGUGGUAUAAACAACCCCAAUACAUUCAUGUUUCAAGAGUUUGUCCUUUGAUUAUCCAAGGGAUCUGGGUCUUUGAUGGAGAAGCAAGCAGAGUUCUUUGCAAGAUUUCAUUUACUAUGUUUUGACAGAAUGUCAUACUGAAAACCCAAGCCACAGACGUGUCCUCAUUAAUGGUUUGGGUCCUCAGAGUGUGGGGGGGGAGGAGGUCCUUAUGGCUUCCUACCACCAGGUCCUGACCUGAACUCUGCAACUGGAUACUUGAAAUAGGAAGUAGGAGAUCAAAUAGGAAAAAAUAGGGUACUUGAAAUAAAAAACAAAGCCCUCAACUGUGUAUAGUUAGCUAUUUCUACCUAUGUGCCAAUUUUGUCAUAGCUAUUGUUUUGGGGGGAUCACUUUCACCCCACUUUUGUUGGCUGAGAGUACUAUUGAUCUUUCCUUCAUGCAAGCAUAUCAUCUUGUUCCCAAGAAAAGAACUAAAUUCUAGCACGGCAUCUGUUCUUAUUUUGUGUAAUAGUCUCUGAUGUUUGGAGGUUACACACACGCAGCCCUAUUUUGCACAGUGAAAUUAGUCUCUGAGUUUACAACAAGCACUGUGAUGUUCAGAAGACUCAUCCUUUGGGUACACUUGAGCAAGUUCCCUUCUAAUAAUCAUAGUGUAGUUGAAAAAAUACAACAAAGUUUGGGCUAACAUUUAAGAAAAGUUGGUGUAAGUCUUACUUUGUGCAAAAGUGGGUUUAUAUUUAUACCCAUUUGAUUUCUAUGUACAGUCUCAAUUUUGUAUUUAAUGAUUUUGUGUAUUUGGUAUGCACGUGAACAGCGUGUCAACCUUCAUUUGAAAGUGGGUUUUACUUUUUAAACAGUAUUUAUGAUGGGACCUCAAAUGUAUCGACAUAAGCUCUAUCUGCAAUGUAUUUGUGUAGAGUGGUGUUUGAAUGCUGCCAGGGGUCAGUGUAUCUCAUUCCCCAAGACCCUUGUUUGAUAGUGCUUCUCGUAAUAUUUCUCCAAGUGAGUGGCAUGUGGGUUGUAAUAUUGACCAUGUGAUUAUGGACAUCGAUAUGAAAAAAUAAAUUAAAACUAAGGAACCCUCGAGAUUAUCAGAGGGCAUGUAUUAGCCAGUCAUUGUAACCUCGUGUCUAGUAGAGGUACCGUGGACAAGGUGUGUACAGGUCAUAACUUUGUUAUCAUGUGUAUGAGGAGUACCUCGUGCUGAUCAUUUGAUUUAUAUUCAUCAAAUAAACCUUGUUUCUUUCUGAA